AUGGUCCCUAGCAAGGACCUGCCACCGCACGAGGCCAACUGGCAGCCGCGCAGCGACAUAUUCAAGCAGGACAUGUCUGAAGAGUUCAAGAAGUACCCUAUGGUCACUGUGAAUGAGCUUCGAAACUACAAGGAGCGGCCGCGCAGAGUCAAAAUGUUGAUGCGGGACUUCAUAGAAGACUCGCUCUACAACCCGAACUACGGCUACUUUUCAAAACAAGUCGUCAUAUUCAGCCCUGGCGAGCCCUUCGACUUCGCGUCCUUCUAUGACGAGCUGGAGUUCCACGCCGAUCUUUCCAAACGUUAUCGCGAGUUCGAGGAUGCUCUCGAUGCCGAGUCUCCCAGUGACACACGGCAGCUCUGGUACACACCCACAGAGCUGUUCCGUCCCUACUAUGGCGAGGCCAUUGCCCGCUAUCUCAUCGCCAACUACAAGCUUACCACAUAUCCCUACCAUGACUUGAUCAUAUACGAAAUGGGUGCUGGUCGCGGUACCUUGAUGCGCAACAUCUUGGACUACAUCCGGCACGUCGACCCCGACGUUUACGUCCGUACGCAAUACAAGAUCAUCGAAAUCUCCACCCAGCUCGCCAGCCUCCAAAAGUCCCAGCUGAUGCAGACAGCAAAUGCCCGGGAGCACGCUGACAGGGUAGAAAUCAUCAACCAGUCCAUCUUCGACUGGAAGAACCCUGUCCCAUCACCCUGCUUUUUCCUGGCUUUCGAAGUCUUCGACAACUUCGCCCAUGACGUGGUGCGCUACGAUCUUGAGACGAAGGAGCCGCUGCAGGGUAUCGUGCUGAUCGAUGACAUUGGCGAAUUCCACGAGUUCUACACGCGGAAGCUCGAUCCCGUGCUGGAGCGCUACCUGCAGGUGCGCGAGAUGGCCACGGGCGGGAAGUACAAGGUUCCCUACCCAUCGACCUGGCUCGGCCGCUGGCUGGCUCUGCGCAAGCCUUUUGCAUCCAACCUCAGCGCCCAGGAAUACGUUCCGACGAGGCUGAUGCAAUUCUUUGAUGUGCUGGGCCGCUUCUUCCCAGCUCACCGGCUGCUGACGAGUGAUUUUCACUACCUGCCGGAUGCGAUUCAGGGUUUGAACGCACCUAUUGUGCAGACCCGUUACAAGCGACAACCAAUUCCGGUGUCGACGCCUUUGGUCCACCAAGGCUACUUCGACAUCAUGUUCCCCACCAACUUCCAGAUCGCUGAGGCCACCUACCAGGCCAUCACCGGCAAGCUGAGCCGCGUGCUGUCGCACGAGGACUUCAUGCGCCGCUGGGCGUAUGUCGAGGACACGGAGACAAAGAGCGGAGAAAACCCUCUGCUGAACUGGUACAAGAACGCCAGUGUGUUGUAUACUGUAUAG